AUUUAAGGAACCUUCUAAAUGGUUGCUAUUGAUGCUGUUACUAUCGAUGUCGUACUCGUUGAUAUUCGAGCUGUUGUAGAGAUCGCAAUUUUCCACUGGGAGUAGUGAUUUCAGAACUUUUCUAGCUGCACGGAAUAAAAAAAAAUAAUUAAAAUAUCAGAUACUUCGAGGAUUAAAAAUCUAUGCCAUCAGCUGUUCAAUCCGUGGAGACACUUGGCAUCAACUCUUUCCGAUGCCGCGUGUGUAGAGGGGUCCACGCUCUGCGGAAGUGCAGGCGUUUCCUGGGCCUUCCGGCCGAAAAACGUCUUCGCGCCGUGCUAAUUAAUAAGUACUGCGCGAAUUGUCUGGCGCACCAGCACUCCGGGCAAUCCUGCCGAAGCAAGGCCAAAUGCAAGACGUGUGGCCAGAGCCAUCACACGCUGCUGCAUCUGCCUGGAGCUCGUCGCCGACAGCGACGUCGUCCCGCUGCAGCCCGUAUCAGCGGGCCCACCUCCUCCGCCCUCGCCGGGACACCUGCACCACAAAAAGGAUCCCGCAAAGGACGACGCCACCAGGCAGCAUCCACCACCACGAGGGAAGUUACGCCGCCGCUGAGCACGCUGAUGCAGCACAAGGCCGUUAGCAUCCUGCCCACGGCAAUUGUCAUUGUGCAAACGGACCAGAAGAAUUUCGAUGUGAGGGCGUUGAUCGAUCCGUGUAGCCCUACUACUCGGAUCCAUGCUUCAUUGGCAAGGGCCAUGGGUCUUUCCGCCACUAGCGUGGGUCCGGGAGAGGUUUGCACGGCGACCAUCUGUUCGAAAACAUCCGAUUUCCAUAUUAAUGCUAUCCUGCAAUUAGACCCGCAGCUCAAUUGCCGGACGCCAAUCCGGUCGAUCGAGCACGCAGCCAAUCCGGCUGGGAUUACGCUCGCCGACGGCAAUUGGGCUCGACCCAGUACGGUGUCUGUUGUGCUGGGGGCUGACGUGUAUUCUCACGUCAUCCUUCCAGGAAUCGUCCCCAGCACUGACGGUCGUCCCAUGGCCUAGAACACCGUCUUCGGGUGGGUCCUUUUAGGUUCCUACCAAUAAUCUGCACAGAUAUACAGAUAAUGUUAGACGAAUACCUUAGAGAUGGCAUCAUACAACCUAGUUGCUCAGAGUAUGCUUCGCCAAUUGUAUUGGUAAUGAAAAAAACAGGAGACCUAAGAAUGUGCGUUGAUUUUAGAAAACUCAACAAAAUCAUGAUCAAAGAUAAUUAUCCUU